UGAAAAAUACAACCGCAUGCGACUCUGCAAACUCUGUUCUUUCCUGUUCUUCAUUCUACUUUUCCAGGUGACAAUAAGGAAAAAUUUGCCGAAAUUAUCCAGCGCUCGCGAGCAGAGAGUAGUCCUCCUGGUUCCUUGUUCCGAUGUUACAGACUUUCUCAUUGGCUCAGAGAACAUUGCAUCCCGCCCUCCUAUUGGCUGAAGGCUAGCAGGAGUCUCUGGACAGAGGGUAGAGAAUUUGAUGUUGCCGCUCUGGCCGCAGUUCUCUCGCAGCGGUCGACCCAACAUGUUCUCUCUUGUCGUUAUCUGCACUUUGGUAGUUGCGUCGUGCGGAGACCCAGGCCCGAUGAUGACCUUCCCCGGGCUGCCGCAGGAGGUCGACUUCGAUAACCUCGGCCACGUGGGCUACGAACCGACCAUCAAGCCCCUGAACCUCUCCUCCGGCUUCGUCUCCGUCGAGCAGAUCCCCUCCAAUCCCUACGGCUACUCGGAAAAGGUGGAGAAGGAGGUGUCCAUCAAGCCUGGCGCGGGAUCCGUCCGAAGCGUCGCCGACUUGUGAUGCAGCGUCGUGCGCGUGUGUGCGAGCCCUUCAUUGUUGAUAUCAGUGUGUUCCUUCGUGCGAAAACUUGUUAUACCAAAAAUCUUUAUUUAUUGAAUAGAUAUGAAAAAAAUAUGA